GGCCGCACCAAACAAGGCAUAACUCAUAACGUUUGUGAUGGUCACGAGACAAAUGAAAAAAAUGCAGAAAGCCGAGACGAGGGAAGGAGAAAUCCCCCAAAGGCCAAACCCAAAGGCCAAAUCCAAUAACUGCAAAACCUUGAGCAGCUGAGAGCCGAGUCUUCUGCUAAGGUUACUCGCUGCGUCUUCGCCAAACAAAGCUCUCGAAAAGCCAAUAACGUAGCCUUCAAUCAUAUACAUACCGUCUCUCAAUCUCAAGAUUUCCAAUCCUCAACGUCAAUAUUUACUCUCUCUCUUUUGGGUUCUCCAUUUCUUCUUUUGCGCGCUCAAAUCUCCUAUUGCUACCUCAUCUAUACAAUUUUCAGGGUUUCAACGUUCAAUUCUCCUUGCUUCCUUCCAAUCUAGGGUUUUUUCCCUAGCACGCUCAACUUCAAUUAGGUUAGGCUUUGUGAAGUGCAUAUUUGCAAAAACACUUCAAGGGCUGCUAUUUUAGCUAUUUUUGGGGAGUACCUUUUUUGGAUGCUUUGGCCAAAAUUGGCUUGCAGCAACAACCUAAAGUAGACCAUAGGAUGAGGAACACCAAGGAUGAAUCAACAUGUAAUACUGAACAAGUCAUUGACUUAAUUUCAGCAGUGAAAGAGUUACAUGGGCUUGCCUCUCAGGAGCUUAGUAAAUUAAUAAGGGACUCUGAAAAUUUUACAAUUCACUUCCAAACUGAAAAGGGAUCACAAUUAAAGAUUGAUGUGGAAAAACUGGCAGGCUUUCUUCCUUUGCAUCUUAUUGCAGUGCUUGUGUCUUCCAACAAAGAUGAGUCGUUGUUGAGAUAUUCAUUACGUGGUAUUCGGCUUUUGCAUUCCCUAUGUGACCUGGCACCUCGACAUACUAAACUUGAGCAGAUUUUGCUCGAUGAUGUAAAAAUUUCAGAACAACUGUUAGAUCUGGUGUUUUAUAUACUAAUUGUCCUUUGCAAUAUCAGACAGGAAAACCAUAAUACAAACUCUGUGCCCCUUCUGCAUUCAGCACUGUUAGCAUGCAGUCUAUAUCUAUUAACAGGAUGUAUAUCAUCACACUGGCAAGAUCUUGUUCAGGUGUUGCUUGCACACCCCAAGGUUGACAUAUUUAUGGAUGCAGCUUUCGGAGCAGUACAUGUAGCUAUCAGGUUUCUUCAGGUCAAGCUUUCAGCUCAACAUACUGAUUUUAACAUGAGAUCAAGUCCAACAGCUGAACAAAUAGUUAACUAUCUAUGCCAACAAUGCGAGGCAUCUAUACAGUUUCUUCAGACAUUGUGCCAACAAAAAUUGUUCAGAGAGCGCCUACUAAGAAACAAGGAACUAUGUGGAAAGGGUGGUGUUCUCUUUCUGGCCCAGGCUGUCUUGAAGUUAAAUGUUUCCAGUCCUUUUGUAGAGUCUGCUACUGUUGUUGCUGCUGUAUCCAGACUGAAAGCUAAAGUACUAUUAAUUCUAUUGCAUCUCUGUGAAGCAGAAAGCAUUUCUUACCUUGAUGAGGUUGCAAGCUCUUCAGGAAGCCUUGCUUUGGCCAAGUCUGUUGCAUUAGAGGUUCUUGAAUUAUUAAAGGCCGCACUGGAUCCCAAGCAUCUUAGUGCUUGUUCUGAGAAAACUCUUCCCUUGGGGCUUCUGCGACUCAAUGCAUUGCGUCUAGCUGAUAUUUUCUCAGAUGAUUCAAAUUUUCGAUCUUACAUUACGACAUACUUUGUGCUGUAUUAUGUAUUUGUCCUUCAAAGGACUCAAAAAAUGAAGAUACUCAUGACUCUCUCUCCCCCCACUCCUCUCUUUGUCUCUCUUCUCUUUCAAAUUUCAUUCGUCCUCCAGACCAAGGUUCUGACUGCCAUAUUUUCACUGCCUCAUGGAGAAUUUUUAUCCAUUUGGUGUUCCUCUGAACUUCCACCAAGGGAGGAAGAUGCUACUCUGGAUUAUGAUUUAUUUACAGCAGCUGGAUGGGUUUUGGACACAUUUUCAUCAUUGAACCUAUCAAAUGCUAUAGGUAUAGAAAUUAUUUUAAUUCCCAGCAACAUGCCCCAAGCUGCCUAUGCUCAUCAGAGAACUUCAUUAUUUGUCAAAGUAAUUGCCAACCUUCAUUGUUUUGUCCCCAACAUUUGUGAAGAGCAGGAAAGGAAUCUUUUCCUUCACAAGUUCCUUGAGUGCAUGCGGAUGGAUCCAUCUGAAUCUUUGCCUGGAUUUUCUUUUACUUCUGGUGCUCACAAAGCCAUCACUGUUUGCAGGAACCUGCGUUCAUUGCUAAGCCACGCAGAAUCUCUGAUCCCUAACUUUUUGAACGAGGAGGAUGUACAGCUCUUAAGGGUGUUCUAUAACCAAUUACAAUCACUGAUUAAUCCUGCUGAUUUUGAAGAAAACCAGGUUCAAGAAAUCAAAUUUGAAAGGUCAAUAUCUUUGGAUAAGUUCUCUAAACUUGACAUCAACGAGCAUCAUCAGGAGGCUCAAAGUACGGCUGGGUACUCAUCGCCUUUACUGAAGAAGGAACCUUCAAAUCUUAACAACAUAAGCAGUAAUCAGAAAGAGGAAAUGUCUGAGAAUUCUGCUUUCCAAGAGGAGCAGCAUAAUUUCAGAAUUGAGCAUAUGAAUCAUGGUGAUGAUGCAACUAAGGAAGACAAGGAUAAAUCUGGUGGCACUGCAUCUGCUGUUUUAAAAGAGAUUGACAGAGAUUUUCAGAAUGUCGAGACAAGUGGUUCUGAUACAAGUUCUACUCGAGGAAAGAAUUUUGUUGGUCAAAUGGGGAAUGUUGACUUCCCCAAAUCAAAUGAGCAUAUGAAAGAAAAUGGUCGCCAAGGAGUUCAAGAGGAUGAAAAAGUUGAAACCAUUCAGAUUGAAGAAAAGCAGCCGAGAAAACGGAAACGAACUAUAAUGAAUGAUUAUCAGAUGACAAUGAUUGAGAAGGCCCUGGUGGAUGAACCUGAUAUGCAGCGGAAUGCAGCUUCUAUACAGUCAUGGGCUGAUAAAUUAAGCCUUAAUGGUUCAGAAGUUACAUUUUCACAGCUAAAGAAUUGGCUUAACAAUAGAAAAGCCAGACUAGCACGUGCAGGUAAGGAUGUUCGUGCACCUAUGGACGUAGACAAUGCUCAUUCAGAAAGGCAAGGUGGACCAGCUGGACCAGCAGUACGGCAUUCACAUGACUCACCUGAGAGUCAUGGUGAAGAUAAUGUUCCAUCAGGCGCAAGACUUAAUCAAAACACAUCAAGAACUGGCACUGCUGAAAAUGCUGAUUUUGUUGGCGUUGGUACUGCAGAAUGUUUUCAUUACAAGCCAGGUCAAUAUGUUGUGCUUGUAGAUAAGCAAGGGGAGGAGAUUGGCAAAGGGAAAGUCUGUCAGGUGCAGGGUAAAUGGUAUGGAAAGAGCUUGGAGGAAUCGGAGGCGUGUGUUGUGGAUAUUACUGAGCUUAAGGCUGAGAGAUGGGCGAGGCUUCCACACCCAUCUGAAGCCACGGGCAGUUCAUUUAGUGAGGCCGAAGCCAAGCUCGGGGUAAUGAGAGUUUUGUGGGAUUCAAAGAAAAUAUUCAUGUUUCGGCCUCAAUGAUGGUCUUUGUUAGAAUAUUAGCAGCUAUAGCAUUUUGUCACCAUCAGUAUAGUUUUUUAUUUAUUAGAUUCUAAUCAUAAUCAAUUUCAGGUUUUGUUUUA